CGCCCACUCACAAUAACUUGCUUCCAUUUGUUUUGGUUCUUUCAAACUUUUGAGCAGAAGAAAAUGGAUUGUGAGACAGACAUUGUGGCUUGUUUUGUGGAGCUACUGAAUGAAGAGAGCCUCUCUGAGCUUCUCUCGUUAUUUCAUGCAGAAAAAUGCUCCAGAGGACGAAUGAAAAUGGAAGAUUUCAUGGAACUAAUGGGUGGAAUGAUGAAAGUCUCGCCAUUAGAUGAAAGACUUUCUGCACUUUGCAGGAAGGUUGACAUUGAGAAUGAUGGCUAUGUCACUGAAAAUAAAUUAAUGUCGUACUUAUUGCUCCAGCUAAGAGAGAGGGAAGCUUUUCGGACAGUCAAGCCACUUCCCUUUCAAGAUUCACCAGACUUUAAACAUAAUUUGUACUCAAAGCAAUGUCCUUGCAGGCUUUUGCAUCUUUUUCCACCAUCGAGAUACCUAAGCAUAUCAAGGGAUGGUAUUAUUACAACAUGGUCAUCAAGCCUGCAGUUGCUUAGAGGGACUGUAAUGGAUGACAAGGCAACAAUGAUAGACAGGAAUGACCUAUUGCGUAUGAAGAGGACUAAUCUCUGGGUGACCGAUGCUACUGUCUUUUUAGCCCAGAAUAUCCUAAUAAUAUCAACAACUUCAAGGGAAUUAAACUUUUAUGACGUGUCAUCUACUGUGUACAAAUUCCUCUAUAGAGUUUGUGAUCUGCCUGCAGUACCUCUCUGCAUUGUAAGCCACACCAAAGAUGAUAACUCAGUUCUGAUGUUGUACGGUGAUACUAAAGGAAAUGUAACAGUCUUUCAUUUCCUUCAUCCAUCUAUUGCUCUAUUUGCUGUCAAUGCACAGGACAAUCCUUCAGCUUCAGAUAAGAUUCAUCUUAUUGUUUACUCUCGUCUUCCCAAUCAUUCUCAGUUUGUUCAAGUGACUGUGGUAGCAAAAGUCCACCAGGAAUGGAUACAAAGGAUAAUGUAUUUGCCACAGAAUCACUCUAUCAUCACAUGCUCUAUUGCAUCUCAGAACUCACUUGUCAUGCGGGACAUAAAUGGACGAAGAAAGCCUUACAUUUUUAAUCUAAUGAAGGGCAUUACUUGUUUCGAUUUUAGUUAUGAUAUGAAUCUGCUCGUUACUGGGUCACCGGAUCAUGGUGUGAGGUUUUGGGAUCCUUAUGUUCCAACGUCACCAGUCUCAACAAGAAUGGAACAUCUCUCGCCUGUACUUGAUGUCCUCAUUCACAAGGACAUGAAACUCGUUUAUACAUUUUCACGAGAUCUGGUCCUUUGUGUUUGGGAUAUUUAUGAGUUCACCUUAUUUCAAAACAUACAUGUAAAGUUUCCUUUCUCCCAGAGGCAGCCUGACUUCUCCACGACCAUAUUAACCCUCACCACUCCCUCUCAGCUAACAGUGAUGUGCAAUGAAUACAUUGCAGUGUUCAGUGUUGGGAAUCUUACUAAUAACUUAAACAAAUGCACACACUCAAGCAGUGCGGUAUCUGUUCUCUGUGACUCAAAGUUCAACUACAUCCUUACUGGUAGUAAAGAUGGAGAGGUGAUAGUGUGGGAUUGUCUCACUGGUACCAAGGUGAGGAGUAUCAGGCAUACUCAUGAUGACACAGAACUGACUUUCAUGUCACUGGAUGGGAAUGGAAGCAGAUUAAUAACUGGUUCCAGGAAAGGAGAGAUCAAAAUUUGGAAUCACAUGAAUGGAGAGUGUCUCCAUGUCAUGCUUUGCUCAGGCUCUACUGAAGUGACUGGGGUAGUUCAUUUGCCAGACAGAGCACUCUUCCUCUCAGCUGGUUGGAAUAAAAGAAUAGUGUCCUUCAAUGAUAAAUCUGAUGUAUUUAAAAUUAAGCAAGACAGUAAUGCUUGGACUAAUUUCCCUCAUCAUUCAGACGAUAUACUAUCAAUCUCAUUCUGUCAGCCUCAUUACCUUGCCACUGGUAGUUUUGAUGGCGAUAUCAUUAUAUGGAACACUGACACUACCCUCCAAGUAGUUCAGUUUAAAUCAUUGACUCAAAUAAGAGCUGCUAUCAAUCUUAAAUUGUACAAGCAAAGAAGUAGUCACACAAGUUCAAGGAGUGAAAUCUCUCACACUCCAUCGCGAUCAUCAAGUAGACUCAGUUCACACAGACUUAAAUCAACCUCCAAUCAGUUUGAUCAUGCUCCUGUUGAUAAGGUCUUGUUCUUAAAGACGAGGAUACACCAGAGACAGACUCAUGGCGUCCUGGUCACCAGUGAAGCUGGGAACGGACGCUUUUGGUCCUUUCCUGGUAGAAAAGAACCACAAGGCUCUUUUCCACUAACAAUCAGUGAUGAUGAGUUAGUCUUAGCACUAGCCACUGAUCCUAAUGACAAUUACUUGCUAGCUGGAGACACUAUAGGGUUUAUUAGUGUCUUUGACAUUUCUCAUUACUGCAUUGGAGAAUCAGCAAACGUGUUGCCACUGACAUUGGCCAGAUGGACAGCACAUGUUGGAGAAAUAACUAAUAUUGAAUAUCAUCAGUCAUCAACUUCUUUUGUUCUCUCUUCAUCUUACGACUGUAAUGUUAAACUAUGGACUUUUAAAGGUGAACUUAUCGGCACCUUUGGACAGAAAAAUAAGUGGAAUACAUUGGAUAGCAAUACUUAUCAACAUUACCGAAACACUCAAGCAGAAGAGUAUCAAGGAAUUGAUCCUAAAACUACAACUGCUCCUCUUCAAGAAGAGGGAGAGAAAGAAGAAGGAGAGGAACCAGUGAAUAGCACAAAAGAAGAGAACGUCCAUCAACUGGUUCAUCUUCUCUUACUAGUAGCACAGCAAGUAUCACUAAACUUAGUCAGUUUGAUAACAAACUAGCUGAUCGGUACAAUAAUAAAGCUAAUCAGAGGAUGACAGAUAAACAGGACAGGAGACAAUGUUAUGCUGACAUUGACAUUCAUUCAACAGAAAAGUUUGGCCUUCUCUGCUCUCCUUUUCAAGCACUACAACUUGUAGAUAUAGCUGAUCCAGUAGUGCCUGGAAGUGUAGCAGAGUUCCUUCAUGACUCAAAAUAAACACAAUUAGCCUAAGCAUACAUUCACUAAUUCACUUAAGAUUAUUUAAAUCAAAAUAACACAAUAUUAUAAAAAUUAA